ACUGAACGGCGCAGUCCUUGUAUCGUUUGCAUAAAGUGGCUGCUGUGACCCGAACUGCCUUCAACAUGGAAAACAUGAAGCCGACAUCACUGUUCGACGUGUUCUUGCGCCUGCGACCGAGCCGACACAACAACGAGCGUUUCCUCGAUGUCCAAGAGAGCGCCAGUGAAGAUGAGCUUCCGACACACAUUACCAUCAACCCGCCGACGAACGACACGAGACGGAAAGCGGUGGAGACAUUCGAGUUUACCGGCGUGUUCGAGGAAGAUGCGCAACAGCGAGAUGUCUUCGACAGCACCGGCAUAAUACCAUUGAUCGAGGGAGUAAUUGGCGAGCCCGGCAAACUUGGCCGAGAUGGCCUGCUUGCAACAUUGGGUGUCUCUGGGUCGGGAAAGUCGCAUACUAUCUUGGGCGACAGAUGCCAGCGAGGCUUGACCCAGCUCACCCUGGACGUCCUCUACCGACAUCUCGAGCCGUACCUCGCAGAGACGGACACCAGCGUCUUUGCAUUCAACUCAAUCCAGACUGCAGACCCAGCCGAGUCGCAAAUCUACAGAGCAGGCGACUUUCUCGACAGCAUUUACGACAACGGAAAUGUCAGCCGCAUGUCGAGAGCCACCACACCAGCAUUUGAAUCGUCUUUCAUGUCCGCACCCAGUUCGAAGCGCUAUGCCCCUCGUGUUUCUGAGUUACCCUCUUCCCCCUCCACCGAAGACAUUGAGAUUGAGAUCGAUGAAGAUGCCGAGUACGCGAUUGUUAUCAGCAUGUACGAAGUUCACAACGACAAGAUUUUCGAUUUGCUUGCUGCACCCACGCCCGGAAAGUCGCCAGCGAAGCGACGAGCACUCCUAUUCAAGGCCACAGAAGGCUCACCCGAUCGGAAGCUGGUGGCUGGACUUCGAAAGGUUGUCUGCUCGAACCUUGAUGAUGCCCUGCUGGUCCUCGAGACUGGCCUCCGAGAGCGCCAAACUGCUGGCACAGGAAGCAAUGCUACAUCAUCACGCAGUCACGGCUUCUUCUGCAUGGAGGUCAAGAAGCGUCACCGUGGACAUGGCGUACCCGGGCCAUGGGCGAGCAGCACGAUGACCAUUGCUGAUCUUGCUGGAUCCGAACGCGCUCGUCAAGCGAAGACUGCGGGCGCCACUCUCGCCGAAGGAGGAGCCAUCAACACAUCUCUCAUGUAUCUCGGACAAUGCAUGCAAAUGCAAGUCGAGAAUGCGAAGUCAAACGCUCAAGCUCUAGUACCUUUCCGCCAGUGCAAACUCACCGAGCUCCUCUUCAGUGACAGUCUCGCCCCAACUAGCAUGAACCACAGAUCAAGACAAAAGGCCGUCAUGAUCGUCACGGCCGACCCUCUCGGUGACUACAACGCCACAAGCCAGAUCUUACGAUACUCUGCACUCGCAAAGAAGAUCGAGAAUCCUCGCGUCCCUAGUACGACACAAAGCAUCGGUCUCGCGCCUGGCUCACGAAGUGCACCUGGUUCCGGCCGCGUCACACCCUCUGCCCUCACGGAAGAUCUCGAAGCCGCGUUGGAACAAAUCACUCGCCUACGAGAAGAAUUGGAGAUCGCUCAAAUUCAUCUCCAAGAAGAAACGAAUCGCCGCAUGGAAGCUGAAGCUGCGUGGGCCAAUUCCGAACUCCGCAUCGAUGAGAUCGAGGAACAGAUCCGCGAUGAAGUUUUCUCCGAAAUGGAGGCGAAAAUGGCGCUCGAGCAGAGAAGGUGGCGUGCCGCGAGAGAUGAGGAAAUGGAUCGGCAGGACGAGCAUGUUGAUCGGAAAUUGGAGAUCAUGGCGAGGGGGAUCUCAGUAUACGAGGAUGAGGAGGGAGAUCUUGAGGAUCAGGAGAACAUUCCACCACAGAGUCCUAACGUCGAUGGGCUUGCGCAACGCGUAGGCUCCUUGGCUUUGAGAGGUACUGGGAGAAAGGUUUCUGGAAAGGAGAAUCCAAGGGUUGGUGAGUUGGAGGAGGAGAACGCGAGGUUGAGAGCUCAGCUUGCGAAUGUAGAGAGGGAGAAGGGGCUGAGGAGUCCGAGUAAGAAGAUGAGAGUGUUGAAGACGAGGAAGUGGGAGGGCAGUGGGAUGUCGUUUGAUGAUGCUUUGUGAGGAAGACAUGACCACGACUGUUUCGUAAUUUUGCUUGUCAUCAUACUUUGGGCGCUUAUGAGACAGGAUGAACAGCACUGCGUCUGAAUGGUAUUUGUACAGAAG